AUGUGCAACUCAUCCGUCGGCUCACAAGAAUCCCACCGAUUGAUUCCGCGCCGUGACAAAAGGCGCUUCUCCGGGUACGUACACGUGUCCUUCUUUGAGCUACUUGGAGUGCUGGACAACUUGAAAGGGAUAACAUCACCUCAGGUGGCUUCCCAGUGCCUGCUCCAGGCAUAUGCAAGUGGAAAUGUUCAGCUUGUCAACACGACAGACACAGGCAAACUCUCGCAGUUUCGCGCGCAUUUCGUGAGCACGGAUCAAGAUAAAGGUUGCAACUUCGCAGCUUAUGUGCCCUCUCAAGAGGACACGCCGUUGCAGAGGGCCGAGUGGAUCAAGUACCUGGGAACGUUCACGAAUUCUGAAGACAGGGCCAAUGCAGUAUAUGAUGCAAUCAAGACAAACUACCUGUGCUUAAGCAAAGCAGCUGCUGCCCUAAGCACCCGAUUCAAACCUGUAGUGGCAUGGGUCGAAUUCACAGAGGGAGUAUGGACAUUUGUCAGAGAAAGUUACAAGUUACAGUACGUCAAAGAUGCAGGAGCAGAGAUUGUGGAUGCAACUAUUACCGAUAAGAGGUUCAAGGUUUCAGAUCCAGAGGACAUGGACAGCUUACAUGCCAUUCUUUGUACGGUGGAUGUGGUCAUAGAUCAGACAUAUGCCUCGGAUCCUGCAGAGUACAAGCUAUCCACAUUUUUGGACAAUAUUGAUGUGGGCCGUGACUCUUGUUUCAGUUUCAGAACUAACCAAAGCAUAUGGAGAUUUGAUAAAAGAAUAGGAAAUUCCAAGACACUUGAUUGGUCAGACGGAGCUAUCUCCCAGCCCCAGGUGGUUCUUGCUGAUCUGAUAGAAGUUUUCUUCCCAACGGGGAACUACACAACAUUUUACUUCAGGAACCUUGCAAAGGAAGAAGGGGUCACAGAAAUUGGCCCUGAAAUGUGCACUAGGAGCAUAUCCACGCCCAUGGAGCCUACGAUCCUGCCCUGCCAAUGACCACCUUAGAUGAACAUUAAGACGAUUCAAGCUACCGUGCUCGCAAACAGUGCAUGCUUAUUAGUGGGAGUGUUUAAUUUCUAGGUUACUGACAAGGUGACUUGAUCGGCAGUGUUUUGUUAAGUGUGUUGCAUCACUAUACUCAUCAGUCGUCAAUUGACUUCUUUUUCCAAGAGCAGCAGUUGUACCUUUAUCUGCCGAUCGUUUUGAUAAAGUGAUCACAGAUCAAUACAAACUUGUUUUAGGAAUAUCACUU